AUGGUAGUCAACGUACAGAACGUCCGGGACGGCCAGACCUACAAGCUCACGAACGCGAAGGGCGGCACCGUCGUCGACCUCUCCGGUCAGGACCGCGGCGCGCCCAUCACGGGCUACAACUUCAACGGAGGCGCGAACCAGAAGUGGACGCUCGAGCACUCCGACAGCGAGCACUGGCGCCUCAAGAACCAGGCCACCGGCCUCUUCGUCGGCCUCGACAAGGACCAGCCCGAGAACGGCCGGAAGCUCAUCGCGACUGACCGCGCCGCCGAGUGGCAGCUCCGCGCGGACAAGAAGGACCCGAACAACGUCCGGCUGUUCCUCAAGGACACUCAGUACUGCCUGGACCUGAGCGACAACGGCAACAAACAGCCGGGCACUCCGAUCACGCUCUGGAAGAAGUGGGACGAGGGCAUGAACCAGGCGUGGAUGAUCGAAGAGGGUGAGCUUUCCUGA